GCCGCGUACUACACUUGACACAUGCCCGAGACGAGUUGUUCUCAAGCUUGACUUUAUGACAAUUCAGCCUCAUUGAGCGUUUCCAUCGCUGUGUCUCGUUGUUGUUGUUGUUGUCUUCGUUAUUCUUCUCUGAUAUCCUCUCGUUCUUAUACCCUUUCCUUCCGGACGUUUCUACAAUCAUACUCCUCACGACACUCCCUCUGACUGCGCUCCCUCCCGCAGUCCCGGUCAGAUGCGGUCAAUGAUUCCCCCUUGAGUCGUAUCUCCUUUUUGCACUCAUCAUGUUCCGUCUCCGUCGGUAUAGGGUGUUCUUGGUGGUUGCAGUCCUCUCCAUUCUCACGAUAUAUCAACUCUCCCGAGUCAAUCACUGGGAUGGCACCACUCUGGAAGGUCUCAUCGGACACAAGCCGGAGAUAGAUCAGACAACAGUCCCCGACUCUCAGAGGCCACCGAAUCGAGUGCAACCAGAACCAGACAAGCCUGCAGCACCAGCAGAGACUACACCUCCUCCUCCCGCCGCAGUAUCAACAGAGGCGGCGCCGACUCCUGUCCCCGAAGUGGCCGUCAGCAGCUCUACCUCUCCCCAAGACUCUAGUCCCACCGUCACAGGUGAAGAAUCCUUAGCGAAACAACCAGACUUUGACGAGGAGUUCGGUGAACAUGGUCAGGGUCGAUACGAGGUCAAAAAUAGGCCGCCAGGUAUAGGCAGAGCGGUAUGGAGACCGCAACCGGCACAGUUUCCCAUCUCUUCCGAGAGCCUGAUCUCCCUUCCUCAGGGUCAACCACAGACACUACCCAAGAUACAACACAAUUUUGGCUGGGAAGCGCCCUAUGUCAAGGCCGAUCGGAAGAGGAAGCAGACAAGAAUCCGGGAGGCUUUCAAGCAUGCCUGGAAUGGGUACAAAAAUCACUCAAUGGGCCACGAUGAACUCAAGCCGAUUUCCAAGAAGUCGGCGGAUCCAUUCAAUGGUUGGGGUGCCACACUGGUCGACACACUUGACACUUUAUGGAUGAUGGAUCUCCGUGAUGAAUUUGAGGAUGCUGUGGCUGCUGUAUCACAGAUCAAUUUCAAAUCAUCUGCCAGAAAAGACAUUCCCCUUUUCGAAACGACCAUCCGAUAUCUUGGAGGCUUGAUUGCGGCUUACGAUAUCAGUGAUGCAAAGUACCCUAUACUACUUGAAAAGGCCUUGCAACUCGCCGACAUACUACUUGGGGCCUUCGACACGCCUAACCACAUGCCCAUUGGAUAUUACAACUGGGCACCGUCCUAUGCCUCACAACCUCACCGAGCAGGCGCUCACACCGUCAUGGCCGAAUUGGGAUCCCUCGCUAUGGAAUUCACGAGGCUGGCACAGAUCACCAAGAAGCCAAAGUAUUACGAUGCGAUUGCGCGUGUCACGAACGCUCUAGAAAAAUGGCAAAUGGAGACCGAAAUCCCCGGACUUUGGCCCUUGAAGCUUGAUGCUUCGGGGUGCAAGAAGCCAGAUGUCGUAAGGACUGCAGGGGUGGAAGGCCUAAGUAUACCCUUCCUGGCGGGCGAGAUUGGCGAAGGCGAAGAGCCCGCUGUGAAUCCUUUUAGUACAAAGCCACAGGCGGAUUCGGGGUCGAAGCUGGAAAAAACCAAGACUCUCUACAGAAGGGCAGCUGAUGAUUCUCCAGAGUCGGAGAAACAGCCUGGGAAGGUAGAUUUCAAGCCCACCCUUGAUAAACCUGUGGCUAUCAGCAACCAAGACUGGGAAGAAGACUAUGCCAGUGUCGACUGUGCAGCUCAGGAACUCGACUACGAGCCUCACUCUACAAAGCAUACAUACGGCAUUGGUGCCAUGGCUGAUUCCACAUACGAAUAUUUCCCCAAAAUGUUUGCACUCCUUGGGGGUCUGAACACACAGUACAAGUCGAUGUACAUGGAUGCGAUGGAUGCAGUACGGCGUGAGCUUCUCUUCAGACCGAUGACCAAAGAAAACCACGAUAUUCUCUUCGCAGCCAAACAGAUCAUCUCACCAAAAGCGGUCAACCCUUCGGAUAAGAAAGUCACAAUCUACGAAGGUAGUCAUCUGGGCUGCUUUGCAGGCGGUAUGUUUGCCCUUGGGGCCAAGCUUUUUGGGAUAUCAGGAGAUAUGACCUUGGCUACAAAGCUUACGGACGGUUGCGUAUGGUCAUAUGCCUCCACCCCAGUCGGUGUGAUGCCAGAAGAAUUUGAGCUGGUACCUUGUGAUGGUCUUGCUUCCUGUUCGUGGGACGAAACCAAAUGGCGCGAGGCACUGGACCCUCAUCGAAAAGAGAGAUUCCGGGCAGUUGAAGAGUAUAAUCUCAAUCAACAGAAACUACGUGAAGAAGCGAUGCAGGGUCUCGAGGAUGGUGCGGUCGAACCGAUUUCAGAUCCAAGCAUGAAGAAGAAGCGGGAUGAAUUAUCAAAGCUCGACGACACCGAACCCAGUCGGACCAUCGUCACUGAUGAUGCUGCUACAGAAGAAGAGGGAGAAGAAGCAGGCAUACCCCCUCCACCAUUUGUGCCUCGAGUGCCACUUUCACAUGAGAAAUAUGUGGCGGCGAGAUUGUUGGAAGAACGACUGCCACCCGGAUACACCAAGAUCGGUGCGCGAGAUUACAGACUACGGCCCGAGGCGAUCGAGUCCGUUUUCAUCAUGUACCGCGUCACCGGAGACGAGUCAUGGAGGGAAAAGGGGUGGACCAUGUUUGACGCGGUCGAGCGGGCCACGAAGACCGACGUCGCGCACGCCGCGAUAAAGGACGUCACGAGCCAGUUGGGCGAACAGUCGGACUCGAUGGAGUCGUUCUGGCUGGCCGAGACGUUGAAGUAUUACUAUUUGUUGUUCAGUGAGCCGGAAUUGGUCAGUUUGGAUGACUAUGUUUUGAAUACCGAGGCUCACCCCUUUAAACGACCUGGAAGUCAUUGAUGAUAUUGAUCUACAUCAACUGCAUCGAUGACUUUGGGGAUGGUCAAAAAAUGUGUAAACUUGACAGGUUGGCGACUCGAAAGGACCCGAGGUUGAAUGGGCCCAAGAAUGGUUUGCCCAAGUUAGUACUAGGUAACAAGGUUACGUAUGGAGGACUCUUGUACUCGUAUUAUAAUUACACAUUAUUAGGAAAGCGAUGUUUACCCAACA